CAAUUCUAUCUACACCUAAACCAAUUCAAUUUUUCUCUUUUCAAUGUGCGUAUGUAUAAUGUAAACAAAACUAAUAUUUAUUCAUGUGGAAUUGAACAUUUUCACACACAUUAAAAAUUCUUAGCAAUUAGAUAAGGGGACUGCCAAGUUACAGUGGAGCACUUUCCUCUUUUGAUCUGCUCUGGCUGGCUUGCUUCGUUUAGACCAAGUGUUCUUGUAGUCUAGAUCGAUCCACAGAAUCAUUGAAUACGUGUCUUCAUCAUCGACUCACACAGUCAUUAUAGUAAUUGUUGUCAAAACAUUAUCGAAAAUAUAUUUUCAAUUCUAUUCAUCUUUUUUUCUGACAUGAAGGACAUCUACAAACAGUUUGAAAAAGAUGGCUAUGUAGUUAUGGAAGAUUUUUUGCAACCUGAUGAAAUAGAAGAGUUAAAAUCAUGUGGUGAAGAAUUUACAACUAAUCUCCCUUUAGAGAAUGAAAGAAAAAUUUUUAGUACUGAAGAAAUGCAACAGAAUAAGGAUCGAUAUUUUUUGGAGAGUGCAAAUAAAAUGAGCUAUUUUUUUGAAAAUGAAGCUUUAGAAAAUGAUGGAAAAUUAAAAGUUCAUCCAAGAGUUUCUCUUAAUAAGGUAGGACAUGCUCUUCAUUGGUUGAAUCCAAAAUUCAGAAAAUAUACUUUUGAUGAAAGAGUAAAAGAAGUUGCAUUUCAAUUGGAUCUACAAGAACCUGCAGUUUGUCAAUCAAUGUACAUUUACAAAAAUCCUGGAAUUGGUUCGAAAGUCAUUCCUCAUCAGGAUGCAACAUAUCUUCUCACUGAUCCCGUGAAAGUCAUUGGCUUUUGGAUUGCGCUUGACGAUGCAACACUGGAAAAUGGAUGUCUUUGGAUUGCGCCAGGAUCACAUUUGAGCGGAGUACAUAGACGUUAUAUUAGAAAUAAAGAUCCAAAAUCGGAGGAUUUAAUAAUAUACGAUUCACCAGCUCCAUGUUAUUCUUUAAGUAACUUUCGACCAGUGCCAGUUCGUAAGGGAACUUGUAUUUUAAUUCACGGUCUCACUGUACAUUUAUCAAAUCAAAAUCGAAGUGAAUCUUCUCGUCAUGCUUACACGUUUCAUGUUAUUGAAACAAAACAUGUGAAUUAUGCCAAAGACAAUUGGCUCUUACCACCCAAAGAAGGUUUUCCUUUUCUCUAUAAAAAUUAGAGAGAUAGAUAAUAAAUUUCAGUCUCAAAUAUUGUUUUUCCAAAAAACAGACUGACUAUAAUUAUAAUGCUACGGCUGUGCUAUAAUUUUAUAAUCUUCCAAAUAAAUAAUAAAUCAUUUUAUUUCGAAA